AUGGCUGAGGUGCCAUCACUUUCGCUGUUAGGGAUGUCGGAAACUCUUUGUCAACAUACUCUCUACGUCGGCGAUCUUCACCCCGAAACCACCGUAGCAGACCUGGAGGCCACAUUUUCUGUGAUUGGCCCACUGGAUUCCUUUGGGAUUCGCAAAGAUGCUGAGUCUGGGAAAUCUCUUUGCUAUGCUUUCGUCAACUUCUUCAAUAUCUCUCAUGUGUCCUGCAAAGUCGUCGAGGAGGAAAAUGGAAAGAGCAAAUGUUUUGGAUAUGUUCAGUUUGAAACACACAAUUCUGCCAUUUCUGCUAUCACUUCCCUCCAUGGAGCAGUGUUUCAAGGGAAGAAGUUAUAUGUGUCCAUAUUUAAGAAGAAAGAAGAGAGGGUGAUGGAUGCAUUAAAGGAGCAAAAUUUCACUAAAUCUGUAUGGAAUUCAAGAGGAUUUGGGUUUGUCAACUUUGAUUCAGAUGAAGAUGCUAGGAAGGCAUUUGAAGCUCUUAAUGGUCAACUAAUAGGAUCAAAGAAGCUGUUUGUAGGAAGGGCUCUAAAGAAGGCCGAAAGGGAAAUGCUUUUGAGAAUGAACGACACACAUGAGGAGAUGUCUUGA